AGCAGAAUAGGGAAAUGCGUAACGAAAGAUUUCACGGAUGAAUUUUCUUACGGGUGGAUGAACGGACCGAUAAAUGACAAACGCGGGUAAAAACGCGGAAAUGCUGCCCAAGCACCAAGCGAAAGAGGACAAGGCUGUGAGGGCGGAUCUCCUGCGAGGCUGCAAACCAUCUCGGUGCUCCGUGAGGGACAGACGGGGAUAAGGAGAACCAAAGGCGAGCGGAAAAUGCUCAAAGUUUGGCCGUGUCGUCUGGAAGUGCGACCCUGCAAAGCGCCGUCUCGCAAUAGCUGCAGAAAAUUAGCAUGAAUUGAACGAAGAAUGCAUGUCGUUUGGGAUAUAUCUGUGAUUCUGCAAACAUAUAUCAUCUGUACUUCAUCAGCUCAGCCUAUUACAUCCAAGCUUGAUGAGGGUUGGUGGGCGUAUAAGGAUGUUGUCCAGGAAAGCUUUGUUCCAGUCCCAUCCUUCUGGGGUUUGGUGAACUCAGCCUGGAACCUUUGCACCAUAGGGAAGAGGCAGUCUCCCAUUGACAUCGAAACCAGUCACAUGAUCUUUGACCCCUACCUGACCCCUCUGAGGCUCAACACAGCUGGACGCAAGAUGGGAGGCACCAUGUACAACACGGGGAAACAUGUAUCCCUGCGGCCGGACAAAGCCCACCUGGUGAACAUCUCGGGGGGCCCGCUGGGUUACAGCUACCGACUGGAGGAGGUCCGCCUCCACUUUGGGAGCGAGGACUCCCAGGGUUCAGAGCACCUCCUCAACGGACAGGGCUUUCCUGGAGAGGUCCAGCUGAUCCAUUAUAACCAGGAUCUGUACGCCAACUUCAGUGAGGCAGCUAAGAGCCCUCAUGGCAUCGCUGUAGUUUCCAUAUUCAUAAAGCUUUCUGAAAACUCCAAUGCCUUCCUCAACCGCAUGCUCAAUAGAGACACAAUCACCAGAAUCAACUACAAACAUGAUGCCUUCUUAUUGAUGGGCCUGAACAUAGCCGACCUUUACCCCGACACCACCCGUUACAUCACUUAUGAGGGCUCCAUCACUAUCCCUCCCUGCUACGAGACGUCCACGUGGAUACUCAUCAACAAGCCUGUCUACGUGACACAGAUGCAGAUGCACUCCCUGCGCCUCCUGAGCCAGAAUGAGCCUUACAAGAUCUUCAUGAGUAUGAGCGACAACACCCGGCCCACCCAGCCUCUGCUGCAGCGCUGCAUCCGAACCAACAUCAACUUCAGCAAGCAGGGCCGCGACUGCCCCAACAACCGCGCCCUCCGCCCACAGUACAGAGUGAAUCAGUGGCUCCUGAAGUAGAAGAUAAAAAGAAGUCGAGCUGCAACGCCACAAGAGAAGAGGCAGUUUGCAUUUGAGUUUAUUCCACACGGCCGAUCCGAGCUGAGCUGAACAAAUGGGAGCUGAACUGAGCCUGCUGAUAGAGCUGAGAGAAAACUAAUAGACAACUUAACUAAACGGAUCUCAGCUAAGCUCAACUGACCAAACUCCAAACAAUUUGCUGUGCUGGCCUCCUAAACAUCCAUAACCUAAUCACAGUUGAUGCAGGCCAGCACAGUGAAAAUACAAAUCAGACUUUGAGUCCAAAGUGUGCAAUAAACCAUAAGGACUCGGAUGUCUACACGGUACUAUGUUUUUAUUUGUUGCGUGAACUCAAAAAGACUGGAGAUGUAAAGACUAAAUCAUUUUCUUUGGCUGGUUUUCAGAGGGAUGGAUGUUAUAUAAAGACUACAGUGCGUGCUCUUUGGCUGUGAUCAUCACUUGUCUUCAUUCAAAUCCUGGCUACAGCGCAAUAAUGAAAAUGAUCAUCUUCUGACUGGAGGAAUUAUUACAUUUCCAUUGAUGGUCUGAAUCCCCAGCAACACAGAAACACACAACUGUGGUUUGAUGUGAGAUAUAAAAAAAUCCAAUGGUUCUGUUAUCAAAUAGUAACUACAGAAGAUCAUUUUCAAUGAGAAUGUAAAAUGUAUGACUUUCUGGUUACAUAGCUACAAGGGGAGAAACAGGAAGUGACUGCAACUCUGACAUUUUACGGACCUGAACACAUAGAGUCACUGGAGAACGGAAGGGAUAGGUCACUCAUUUGCAUGAUUUUACAGCAGAUCAGGUCCCUGCUUUACACUGCAAUAUCAAAGGGCAGGCCUUCCCUCGGCAACUACAAGAGCCAACAGACACACCAGAAAUGUCAAAUCAAAAUUGCGAAGGCCUAAUUCUUUAAAGCUAAUUACCAAACUGACCACUCGCUAAACCACUUCCCCAAGCUUAUCUUUUACAAAACCAAAAAAGCAAAAGCAAAAGUGUAAGGAAUGGAUUAAACAAUGUGUUUAUCUGCUCUAACGGAAGCUGCAAAUGUUCAACUGCCCGGCUAAUUAGCUUAACUUACUACAGCUUACCUCCACAGGCAAGGGGCAUGUCUUUAGCUAACUAUAGCUAGGUACAUAAGUAUUUGGACAGUGGUACCAUUUUUGUAAUUUUACCUCCGUACACCACCACGACUGAUUUGAAACAAAGCCAUCAACAUGUGAUUGAAGUGUAGACUUUCAGCAUUAAUUCUCCGGGCGGCUGCAGUAAAAGCCUGACAAACCAUCUCA